AUGAGAUUCGUGCUUUCCACUGCUCUUCUGUUCGGACAAUCUGUGUUAGCUCACUACAAGUGGCCAGCGCUGAUCCUUGACGAUGUUGCCACUCCAGACUACGAAUAUGUACGUUUGAACACUAACAAUAUCAAUCCUAUUAUGGACAUCAACUCUACCGAUAUGCGAUGCAACCAGGGGGGGCUCGAUUCCGGGCCGCAAACCAGUACUGCAACGGUAGUAGCAGGAGAUACCAUUGGGUUCACGCUUAGCAAUUCAAUCAGCCACAUUGGGCCCGUGGUUGUCUAUAUGGCACAGGCACCUGGGAAUCCAUCUGACUGGGAUGGCUCCGGUGAGGUCUUUUUCAAGAUCAAUGAAUGGGGUCCAGAUUUCAGCACCGGUACAAUCGAAUGGCCGCAACUCGGCGUUAUGAGCUACAGCUUCAAGGUCCCUCCAAGCGUCCCUGAUGGCUACUACCUAAUUCGGAUCGAGCACAUUGCCGUACAUAAUGCUGCAAACUACGGAGGUUGUCAGUUCUUCAUUGCCUGCGGCCAGGUGAAGGUGACUGGAGGUGGAUCUGGCACCCCUGGUCCUUUGGUAGCCUUUCCGGGUGCAUAUCAAUCCACGGACCCGGGAAUUUUGUUCAAUGACUACUACCCUCCGCCUACCUCCUAUGUGAUUCCCGGGCCACCGGUAUGGUUCGAGUAG